GGCCCUGCUGGGCGGGGCUAGCCAAGCCAGGAGCGCGCCAGCCCUCAGGUGAGGUUGGGUGAGCGCAGCGCAGCCGGGCAGUGGGGGCGCCGCCGCCAGCCUUGGGCUCCGCGGGCAGCGGCUGAGGACUGAGAGAAGAGUGGGCAGCGAGCCCCCCUGCCCCGCGGAUGAGGAAGAGGGCGAGCCGGAGCCAUGUGCGGCCGGAGCCACGGCGGAGCGGCGUUGGCGCUGCUGCCGCUGCUGGUGGGGCUGCUGCCACUGGGCGCGGUAGCGCAGGUCGGGCGCAAUUCGGGUGCAGAUUUUGAUAUUUUUCUCCCACGUGGAAAUAACAUCACAGUUCUUAUAAAGCGUGGGACUUUAACAUUCUGCAACAUUAUUCUCCAGAGAAAACGCCUCUCCUCAUUGACCAUCAAUCCUGGUGAAAGAGCCAUCUUUAGCUUUGACUGCCCUCAGCCGGAAAAGCAUUUUGUCCUAGAAGUCCAGAAGAAUAUUGACUGCAUGUCAGGCUCAUGUCCUUUUGGGGAAGUACAGCUCCAGCCUUCGAGAUUACCUGCCCUCAAUAGGACAUUCAUCUGGAAUGUGAAAGCUAACCCAAGAGUUGGCCUUGAACUACAAUUCUCCAGACCUCGACUGAGACAAAUUCUUCCAGGAGACACCUGCUCAGACUCGGUGACCUAUACCAUCAGUAGCUCUCUUGAGAAGACAGUUGUCAACAUUGGAACCUUCUGUAGCAAUGGCACAGUGUCACGAAUCAAGAUGCAAGGGGGAGUCAAGUUGGAGUUAUACUUACCAUGGGAUCAAAAUAGAAACUUUUCUGGUUUUAAUAUUACAAACCACUCUUCUAUAAAACGACUCUGCAUCAUUGAAUCUGUGUUUGAAGGAGAGGGCUCAGCAACCCUCAUGUCUGCCAACUACCCCAAGGGUUUCCCAGAAGACGAGCUCAUGUCAUGGCAGUUUGUCAUCCCCCCUCACCUCCGAGCCAGCGUAUUCUUCCUCAACUAUACCCUCUCCAACUGUGAGAAGAAGGAAGAAAGGGUCGAGUACUACAUCCCAGGAUCACACAGUAAUCCAGAGGUGUUUCAACUUGGAGAUCAGCAGCCAGGAAACAUGGCUGGGAAUUUCAACCUGUCCCUGCAAGGCUGUGAUCAGGAUUCCCAAAACCCUGGAGCCCUCCGCUUGCUCUUUAAAGUUUUGGUUCAGCACCUUCAGAAUGAAGGCAACAAGGUCUACACAGUUGAUUUGAGCAAAGAAAAAGCCAUGUCGAUGACCAUUGAGCCGAGAACGUUCAAGAUGAGCCGAAGCUUUGACCGUGCCUGCUUAAUCUGUGAGGGGCCCAGAAAAUGCAACCCCAAUGUGACCUUGACAGCUGGCCACAAACAUGAGAUUUCUUUCCUUUGUGACGAUAUGACUCGCCUGUGGAUCAACGCAGAAAAAACAAUAAGUUGUACAGACAUUGGAUACUGUACCAGGAAGAACUACUCUCUUCUUGUCCCUAGUGACAUCAUCCAGCUGCCUGUUGAGUUACAUGACUAUGCCUGGAAGCUACUGGUUCCAAAGGACAAAAUUAGCCUCCAGUUGACACCAACCCAGAAGCUUCAGCAGCACACUCAUGAGAAGAAUUGUAAAACCACCUUCAGUUAUGUGCUAUCCAGUGCUGGUCAAGGCCAGAACCUCCAUUUUGGCUCCUUUUGCCCUGGUGGGGCAAUUGAGAAGAUUCAGGUGAAAACAAAUAUCUCUGUGGUCCUCAGAACAUACUCACCAGGGUUCUCUAAUGAAUCUUUCAGACAGGGGAUGACGGUGACAUUUAUACACUCUCUCAAAGAUGAAGGUGUUUUCACCGUGACCCCAGAUUCAAAAACCAAAGUUUACUUGCGGACUCCUAACUGGGAUCGGGGUCUGCCCCCUUUAACCUCAGUCUCCUGGAACAUCUCUGUCCCCAACCAUCAUGUGGCCCACCUGACAUUCUCCAAGGAUCGAAUGGGGGUGUCCUGUGAGACAGGCCGAGCCUUCAUGAUCAUCCAGGAGCAAAAGGCAAAGGCCGAAGAGAUCGUAAGCAGAGAUGAUGAACCGCUGCCCAAGCCCAAAGACUUGCAUCACAACUUCUGGGUCAACAUUUCCAACUGCAGCCCAAUGAAUGGCAAGCAGCUGGAUCUUGAGUUCUGUGUGUCUCUCACCCCAAAGAAGAUGGACAUGACAGUGAUCAUCCUUGCUGCUGUGGGCGGUGGAGCAACACUCUUGUUUGCUCUGGGGCUCCUCGCAUGCUAUGCUAAAAAAAUGAGCAAGAAAAAGAAGGUCAGCAAGGGCCCUGCUGUGGGUAUAUACAAUGGCAACACCAACACUCAGAUGCCCGGACAUGUUGGAAAGUUCCAGAAAGGGCGAAAAGACAAUGACUCCCAUGUCUAUGCAGUCAUCGAUGACACCAUGGUGUAUGGGCAUUUGCUCAGUGGUUCAAAUGGCUCCUCUACUGGUCCAGAAGUCGAUGUGUACCGACCCUUCCAGGGCCCCAUGGGAGAUGUACCUCCUUCCCCACCUCCCAUCUGCUCGAGGGUCUCUACAAGGAAACUACACCCAGAGGACCCUCUCCCAUUCCUCCUUCCUGAAUCUGAUGGGGAACCUUAUACUUUCUCUCACCCCAAACCAGUAGAGGUGAAAGAAAAUAGAGACAAUGAUAUACCCCUGCUGGAAAAGAAGGAACUAGAAAAUAUCAUGGAAUAACCUGGAAUCAGCCCUUGCCCCACAAAAGAUCCACUGAAAAAGCACAGGGUAAUUCCACCUAGAGGCUCAUGAGUCAUCCAUCCUUGUAGGAAAGCAAGGAAAGAGGAAUUUUAUGAUAAAAACAGUAGGGUAAAUUUCCUGAUAAUAUCUCCAGAUGAACUCGUUCCAGUGGUGUCAAACUGAUGACCACAUUUUAAAAAUCUGGAUACAAUGAUCAGAGUUCAUGGUUUUAUUAACUUGCAUUGGAAACAGUGACUAAAGGAUCACAGAUUCUCUAGCCUGUGCAUGGCAGACAAUGGAACCAGAAAGUGUGAAAUCCCAGGAAUGUGGCAGAAUCAGUUUUGCUCCAGAAGCUUUGAAGGGUGAAGGGACUUAUCCACAUCAUGUAGAGGGCCACAUGCUUGGAUCCAGGUGCCCACAUUGGUUCCUUUUGUGAAUUCUUGGGAGUGUGUCCCUCUUCUUGCUGGGACCUCUUGGUGCACUUGUGCCUUUUUUUUAACUUAUUUGCCUAUGAAUUUUAAAGUCAGAAUGGGUAAAGAAUCCUCCUCAGUAGCUUAGCAAGAAAGAAAUGCUGAUUAUCUGGGGUGACGAGUUGAGAUUCUAAUAACAUGGAGGCAAAAAAAAAUGGUUAAAGCAUUUUGGGUUCUGUUUGCCAGGCCAAGUUACAUAUGGCAUUUCACUGCAAAUAACAUAAUAUCAUAUAAACUUAGAGGGGGAAGGGACUUUAGAAGUCAUCUAGUACACCUGUCCCUCAUCACUUUACAGAUGAGGAAACUGAGACUCAAAGAGAAAGCACUUGUCCAAGGUCACAUCCUAGUUAGUAGCAGAGCCAGGCCCUCUGACUCAGUUUGAUGAUCUUUUGAAUACACCACACUUCCCCUGCUAGAGUAGAAGAAACAUUCCCUUCCUUUGCAGCUUGAAUAAGCUCCCUCUCAUCCUCGGACAGCUCCUAGAAAUAAGCUUUUCCUUGAAUCCCAGAAAGGAUGGAAGAUCUCCUAAAUGGGCCAUUGGGCACCAUGCCAGCUAUGGCACAGAAACAAUGGAGGAUGAAGGAAGUAGUUAGUCCCCUCUAACCCAGAACAGUUGCUGGUCUGAGUGCUUCCCACACCCAAAGUGCUGAAGAUAGAAAGGCAAAACGAAAAAAGACCUACCCUAGAGGAGCUUCUGUUCUUACUAUAUGUUGUAUGUAUAUGAAUAUAUGCAGGAAGAUCUGACAUCUCAGUAUAUAUACACAUAUAAAAUACAUAUACAUAUGUAUAAAAAUUUUAAAACAAGGGGGGAGGUUCUGCUUAUACAGAAUUUUGAAGUGAGCAGGAAGGAGAGAAUGUGGCCAAACAUAAGCUUCUUUGAGUAAUAGCUUUAUUUUACCUCCUUCAAAAUUUAUUAUUUUUUUAAUUAUCACCUUAGCAUUUUUUCAAAAUGGGCUCCAUCUGAGCACACAGUUCUCUGUGCCCAUUUCAUCAGAAGAGCAACCUGUUCUGUGCCCUGAAGUUCAGGCCUCUCUAAGUGUACCCCACUUUAAUGGAGAAGGCUCAUGAGAAGAGCAGCUUACCCCAACUAUGGAGCACUAUAAGAUUUACAGAGCUAUCUCCAAAAUUCUCAGUUCUGCCUAAUAAGAAUCCCUAGCUCCUUUUAGUGCCACCCCAUUCAGAACAAUUUUCACACAUUCUCAUUCUCUCUCUCUCUCUCUCUCUCUCUCUCUCUCUCUCUCUCUCUCUCUCUCUCUCUCUCUCUCACACACACACACACACACACACACACACACACACACACACUCUGCCUCUGUCUCUCUCUCCCUCCUUCCCCUUCUCUCUUUCUCCCUCUCUCUCCCACUCUCUCUUUUCCUCUUCCCCUCCCUCCUCUCUCUCUUGCCCCUCUCAGUCCCUCCCUAUCUCUCUGCUGUCCUGUUGCUAUUGCUCACUUAUUCUCAGGUGGUGAAGGACCUCUUUGCCAAGACAUGCCAUUGGGUAGACAUUGGUUUACCUAAUCUUUAAUUAGAUUUUCAAAACUUGUCUUAUGAGCCGGUCAAGGUUGCCAGUUCUUUCCUCUGCAUUUAGCAAGCCUGAAUGAUCUAACUACCCACGAUCGCAGUGUAAUCUGGAUUCUUUCUGGGGGCAUGCUUUGCGGUUAUUGGCACAUCACUCAGAAUCACCACCAUUUUCUAGAUGACCAAAAUGAUCCAAAGUUCUUGGAGCUGAAAAAAUGAAAGCCAAGAAAAACUCUGCUGUCCUCUUGAGGGGAAAAUCUGGAGCCCAAGUUAGGUUAGUUCUCUGUGUUUUAAAAAUGCCUCAAGGCAAGCCAUUUAACCCCCAUUGCCCAGCCCUUACCUCUCUUCUGUCUCUUAGAACCAGUAUUGGUUCUAAGUCUGAAGUUAAAGGUUUUUAAAAAUGCCUCAAGGAAGAUUGUACCAUAGCCAGUCAUAAUCCUAGCUCUUGUGUUCAAGGCCCAGGUCCUCUGUUUAAGUAAAAUAAGAAUAAGAGCUCUAAGGUGUACAAAUUGGCUUACAUAUAUUAUCUCAUUUGAGCCUCCCAAUGUCUUGGCAAAGGUUCCAGGUAUUAUUCCCAUUUUACAGAGCUGAAAAUUGGGGCUCAGAGAGGUAAGUGUGAAAGCUCCCAGAGGACAAGCAUUAUUUAAUUUCUGUCUUUGUAUCUCCAGUGCCAAGCACUAUGCCUGGCACAUAGAAGCACUUAAUAAAUACCUGCUAAUAAGUGUAGGAGGCAAGAUUUGAAUUUAGGUCUUCCUGUCUCAAGUCCUAUAAAUCAGCUGCCUAAUCCCUGGCAGUUCAUGAAUAACUAUUAGGGUAUAUUGUAUAUUCAAUAUAUAUUGUGAUUGGCUGAUUAGGCUGUGUUUCUAAUUGUACAGAUCUGAUGCCAACUGAGGCUUCUCCACCUCUUUGGUGCUCCCAUAGUAUGUUACUUCUACUCUAAGAUCCCCUUUCACACUUACAGGGCAGAGGCAAGUGGGGAUUUUCACUUGACAUACCCUUAGCCUAGUGAACUUGUGCUUUAAGAACCCAUUGGAAUGGUUUCUGUACUGAUUCAUGGGAGAAUAACUUAUUUGUUGUAGAUAUGUGUUGUUUUUAGGCUGCAUGUUGUUUAUUUCCUGUAUUUUUUUAAUAGUCAAUCUACAGUAAGUAUGUGCAUUCCAUUGACUGAAUGGUUCAGCUGUUUUCUAGUAUGGCUUGUGUUCCAUUCUCCAGAUCGUUUCUUUUGAAGGGACUGACACCCAUGGGGGCAAGUGGCAUCACCUCUGUGUUUCACAAAUGCCCAAAACACCUUCACUUGAUUCCGGAUGCUAGAGUGUUUUUUUUUUUAAUAAAAAAAUGUUAAAUGGCAAA